CUCUUCUUUCAACUAUAAAUUAAUCAAUGAUCCCUUGCUCUUGUAGCAAAAUUUCAUUCUCAACACAAACUUAGCUCUGUUUCACUGUCAUGAAAUGGAAUUUUAUGAUCUGAAAUCGAUUGCAGUCUCCAUAGUUUUGGUUACAGUUGUAACAUGGGCAUGGAGUGUGCUGAACGAGGUCUGGUUUAGGCCAAAGAAGCUGGAGAGGUAUCUGAGACAACAAGGUCUUAAAGGCAGACCUUACAGGUUUAUGUAUGGAGACAUUAAAGAGAACGCCAUGAUGUUAAAAGAAGCUAAAUCCAAACCCCUCAGUAUCUCAGAUGACAUUUCACCAGUCGUUCUUCCAUUCCUGCAUAAAUUGGUCAAAGAUUAUGGCCAGAAUUCUUUUAUGUGGUUUGGUCCAGUACCCAGAGUGACCAUCAUGGAUCCUGAUCAAAUCAAAGAAAUAUUUACCAGGAUCAAUGAAUUUCCGAAACCGAAGGCCAUAAACCCUAUUUCCAAGUUGCUGGCAACUGGACUUGCAAACUAUGGUGGUGAGAAGUGGACUAAACAUAGAAGGAUUAUCAACCCAGCAUUCCAUCUUGACAAGUUGAAGCUGAUGUUACCAGAAUUCUACAAAGUAUGCAGUGAGAUGAUUUGCAAAUGGGAGAAGUUGGCGUCUAAAGAAGGAUCAUGUGAAUUGGAUGUAUGGCCCUAUCUUGUAAAAUUGACUGGUGAUGUGAUUUCUCGAACAGCAUUUGGAAGCAAUUUUGAAGAAGGAAGGAGGAUUUUCCAACUCCAAACAGAAUUAGCUGAUCUCACAUUACAAGCUAUUCAGUCUGCUUACAUUCCAGGAUCCAGGUUUUUGCCUAGUGAGAGUAACAAGAGAAUGAAGGAAUUGGAGAAGGAAAUACGCGCUUUACUGAUGGGUAUUAUCAAGAACAGAGAGAAGGCAAUGAAAGCAGGUGAAGCUACAAAGAAUGAUUUAUUAGGCAUACUUAUGGAAUCCAAUAUUACAGAAAUCAGAGAAAAUGGAAACAACAAAAAUGUUGGAAUGACUAUCAAUGAUGUGAUUGAAGAGUGCAAACUAUUUUACUUUGCCGGGCAAGAGACCACCUCAGUUUUGCUCGUUUGGACUUUGGUUUUAUUGAGUAAGCAUCAAAAUUGGCAAGCUGGUGCAAGGGAAGAGGUUUUGCGAGUCUUUGGCCAUAACAAGCCUAACUAUGAUGAGUUGAAUCACUUGAAAAUUGUGUCGAUGAUAUUGUAUGAGGUACUAAGGCUAUAUCCGUCAGUAGUUAUGGCUCCUAGAGCUAUUGACCGAGAAACA